CUCGGCGUCCCUCCCCCGUCUCCAUCCCUCGGGGCCUCGGCGGCACCUUCCCGUCUCCUCCUCGCUCCCGCCCCGCGAGUCCCCCUUCCGCUCCCCUGCGGGUCCCCGUCCCGGUGGGCGGCGGCGAGGGUGGCGGCGGCGGCGGCCGUCCGCGGCCGCGGCGUGGACUGUUGAUGUGAGGCGGCAGCGGCCCGGCUCGGCGGCGGGGCGCGGAUGGCGGCGGGGGCCGGCGCGGCGGCCGGGGGCCGCAGCUUCUCGUUCAAGGUGGUGCUGCUCGGGGAGGGCUGCGUGGGGAAAACCUCCCUGGUGCUGCGCUACUGCGAGAACAAGUUCAACGACAAGCACAUCACCACCCUGCAGGCAUCUUUUCUUACAAAGAAGCUAAAUAUUGGUGGGAAAAGAGUAAACCUUGCAAUAUGGGAUACAGCUGGUCAAGAAAGAUUUCAUGCAUUGGGGCCAAUCUACUACAGGGAUUCUAAUGGCGCUAUUCUAGUGUAUGAUAUAACAGAUGAAGACUCUUUUCAAAAGGUAAAAAACUGGGUUAAGGAAUUAAGAAAAAUGUUGGGAAAUGAAAUCUGUUUAUGUAUAGUAGGUAACAAAAUAGACUUGGAAAAAGAGAGACAUGUUUCAGUGCAAGAAGCAGAAACGUAUGCUGAAUCUGUUGGAGCAAAACAUUAUCAUACUUCAGCUAAACAGAACAAAGGAAUUGAAGAACUGUUUCUUGACCUUUGUAAAAGAAUGAUAGAAACUGCUCAAGUGGAUGAAAGAGCAAGAGGCAAUGGUUCCAGUCAGUCAGGAAUAGCAAGGCGAGGUGUACAGAUCAUUGAUGAUGAGCCACAAGUACAGAGCAGUGGAGGGUGCUGUUCUUCUGGAUAACUAUAAAACUGUGCAUCACUGCCCUCUCAAUAUGAAGACUGCCAUAUUCCAAGUCACGCAUUCUUUACCAAUGGAGUAAUAGAAUUAACAGUAUUUAAAAAUAAUCACAUGUAACACUGCAGAGACCUUAAGUGCUAAACUAGUGGCGUCUGUGACCAGAGAAUUGGCAUUUUCUACAGUGGUUAACAAAGCAAUUACCAAUGGCCUUUUUACAUAUUUUUCUUUAAUGAGGAAUAAUAUGCAUGUAGAAAAGACCUACUUAAAGGCUUCAUUUAUAUUCUUUUAAAUUGGAUCAUUAUUUAAUAACUUAUAUACAUUGUUGUUGGAAUGGUAUACGUUUUUGCAGCUCUUUGUAUUUUGUGGUAGAUUGAAUUGUAUCACUUCUAAAAUGCAAAUUGAUUUUUUUUUUUUAAAUUAGCAGAUAUCUGAAGUAAUAUUUUUGCAGGGCCUCCACAAGCCUAUAACUGUCAACUACUUUGGUAUAUUCUGUUCAUCCUGUAUGCCAAGCUGGUAAAAUACAUUGUAAAUUACAUAUUAAAUAUUUUAUCUGCUUUUACAAUUGCAGGUGCAGAAAUAUGUACAUCAGUCUUGUCAGUGAUUGUGAAGUGAAUAAGUCAGUGAAAGAUGCAAGCUUUUCAUGUGUACUGUUGAAUUGCUCAUUUCUAUUCCCCCUACCUGAAAACAGCUUUUUUUUGGUACAUUCAUAGCUACAGCAUUUUUUUAAGCCUUUUCUGGCAAGCAGCAGUAUUUAGAGUAUCCCCUUAGUGGGAAGAGAAUGCUUCCUUAGAUUGACUGCUGUUUAACAUUGAGGUGUUUGACUCCCAGCUAAAACAGUUGGCGCAUGCAUAUAUCUUGCCUCUGCAGUUACUUUGGCCUCUCAGAAUAUCCCCAGAAAGUCAAAGCAACUUUAGUCCUCAUCUAUCUGGUAGCCAGUAAACCAGAUGCAUGGGAAACUCUUAAGCUGCAUUAAUACAUUUGUCUAUGAAGACAGCAUUAUAAACUAUUAAUGAGCAUAUUUUUUUCCCCCUGUAUUACAGAGCUUGAAUGAACAAAUGAAUUGGCAUUAACUAGAACUGCUUCUGAUUUGGAGUCAUUAAAUGGAAGAUAUGAAACUUGCCAGAUGUAGUUGUAACUUUUGGGAUACUAGACAGAACUGAACUUGCUCCUGACUUGCUCUUUCUCUUGUAAAGCUUUUUGAAGCCCACUUAACUUUUGGGAGGAAGGUUUUCAGAAAAAGUGUAUAAACUACUAUCACAAAGGAACACAAAUGGUGGUAGCUGAAACUUCAAAAUGUUUUGUGCUCUGACUUUUUUUUUUACUUAAGUUGUCAUGCUUGGAAAAACAGUAAAGGUGAUGUCUCUGACAAAAUAGAAUAGUCCUUGGCCUUCCUUUUUCUGAAGGGUAGAAUUAGUAUUGCAUAUGACUGCAUUGAAUGGUGUGGGUAUGUUCCAGUGCACAAAAGGAGUGGUAGUAACUAAUCGGUCUGACGUGCAAGAGAAGUGUGCUGUCUUCAAUCUGAUUUUUAUUUUCUCUGAAGUAAUAGAUGGCUUUGAUACAGACUGGUACUGGUGCAUUUUUUCCUUUUCUGCCUAAACUGUGGUGUAGAUACUUUCUCUUAAGCUACCACUGCUGUGCUGCUCUUCUGACAUGAUUGUAUGCAUGAUGGACAAAGGUGAUCUGUUCGUGCUAGUGAAGAUAAAGUUUCUUGAUGGCACAGAGCUUUGGUGUGAAUCUAAAAUUCAUGAUUAUAUGUGUGUAUAUGUAGCAACACCAUUAAAUUAACAUUCUCAUAUUGUAUCUUUUUUAACAGUGAGCCUUGCCAAAGUUGAAAAACAGGUCAGUUUGAUCUAAAACCAGUACCUUCAAAUCCAUACAGUUAGAUGAAAGUCAGUCUUGUAAGUGAUACAAUAUUGAUAGGAGGAUUGAAAUUGGCAAGACUCUAUGUUCAAGACUGGAAUCUCCUCAUAAUAGGAGUUCCAGAUUUUUUGAUUCAAAUAUCAUUUUUUGCAGAGAUGGAAAAAAACAACCGAACAACCCAACCUCAACUAGACUUGAUAAGCAGAUGAGUCAUGAGGGCUUACCUACACCAGAGCAUAUGAGUUUUCUCCAGAGCACAGCUUUUUUGUCCACUUCGUUGAAGUGGACAGAUGCAGUUCUGGUCUGGAAACUAAUACUAGGUGUUUACCCAAGAGAAUGAAUGUUAUGUUUGACUACUUUGAAGUAGAAGCAAUGUGUAGAAUACAUCUUUCCACCUGCAGCUAAAGAGUUUUUCUUUAGUGUAUUCUGUGGUAGGGGCAUUCUGUGUGACUUCUGUCAAUUACAAAACUAACGAAGCCAUGUUGAUACUAACUCUUAAGUCUCUUACAAAACUGCAACUAUUACUACUGAAAACUUCGGUGGGGGUAAGGAAGCUUACAAUCUUUUAUGAUUAAAAAGGUUCUGGUUGCUAUUGGCAAAAUAUUUUUUAAAAUAAAUUCUCAGAAGUUACUUUUACUUAAGCUACAGCAUGAAAAAUACUCUCUGGAAACCUUCCUGUCUAAGCUGCAGUUUGGUUGGACUUUAUUUAUGGAACUUAAAACCUGUGCUUAGCAGGGUAUCAUUAUAUUACCUUACAAAAGAAGUUAUAGCUUCAUGAAGUCAGGGAAGUUGGCUUCCAAGACACAAGUAAAAACAUUAUGGAUUGUUUAGACUGAUUAGCAUAAGACUUCAGCUGUUCAUUGUUAGCAGACAAAAUACAACAGUUCCAGGAAAAAGCAUCUUUAUUGAAGAUAUCUAGUGUUCUUUGCAUUAAAUAUAUAGGAAAGCACAGAUAGUUUGGUUUUCUAUAUUUGAGCAGGAUCUUACUCAAGUAACCUGGUAUUACUACUGUGUGGCUUGGUUUUCAAGAGAGAUUCCAGCAAAUGGAAGAAUCUAGAUUGCCUGGUUUGUAUGUCUUAAGGAAAACUGUUUUCUUCUUGCUGAAAAGAAGUAAGCCAUUUCUCGUUCUGAGAAGAGUGCAAGGGAACAAUUGCAUCUGUCUUUAGAAAGUACCUCUAUUGUGGGAUAGAUAGAACCAGCCAGACACCUGCUACAGCACGUAAGUCAACAUUGAGCAUGCUUCCUCAGAGUAAAUCUUGACAAAGAUUACUCAUAUACUAUAAUAAAAAGGUCUAAGUUACUACAAAUACCUUUCCAAAACAACUUCAAGUACUUGCUUGCAGUCUUGAUGCUGUUGCUAUGAAUACUUGAGCUACCGAUGAAACUUUAUCACUUGUUGAAAUAAAAUCUAACAAACCAAAGUCCAAACACUUUAAUGCAGCAGUAUGUAUCUCUAUUAGGAGUUAUUUAUGGACACUGUCUUAUUGCACUUAGACUAUAGCGCAGAAGUUAUAAAAGAGCAGAUAGGCUGAUUCAGAUAAGGACACUAAUAAAUUCAGAUGUGUAGUACUUAGAGAUGAGUGUAACUAGCUGUAAAGAUUGGGGGUGAUGAGUUCAUCUGGUUUGCAGGGAUUUCACAUACGGUUCCAAGAUGGUGACAUCCAAUGUCCAGAUGAACUGUAUUGGCUGGUCUCUUGAAGCAGUCAAUUGAGUAUUGCCUUGAUUACAUGCUUUUCUUCACUGUUCACACAUUGUGGACAGGCAUUCUUGCUUACUACCACAUUAAAAAGUAUCCCUUAGCCCUUUUUAUCCUGCCACUUCUGUUGUUCUCGGUGUUUAACUUGUAUCUCUGCCUACAGCUCUUGAAGAACCUAGUAAUUAAAUUUCUACUUUAGAUUCCAAGCCAGAUGAAAAAAGCUUUGCAAAAAGGUAUGAGGUCAUGGAAGGUGGUUGGAGCUCAAAUGGAGUUCUCUGAAAAUGUUGGAAGCUGUCAGAAAAAACAGUUUAAAGAAGGUAAGAGGAAUGGGAGUCCUGCUUGAGGACAAAUGGAGGUUGGGAAUCUCCACAAGCUGAAAGCAGUUAAGCGGUAUGAAUGAUAGAGUAUGGGAAUAAGAGAGUUGGAGCCAGCCACCUCUCUGUUAUUUUUCUACUUUUUGUGGAAGGAAAAGGAGAAAUAGAAAGAAAAAGGCAAGUAGGAAAAACUGAAGGUGCUGGUAGAACUGAAGGUGCUGAUAGUGGGCUGCUGAGUGAGGUGCUGAGUUAACCAUUUCUUGGUGGAGUUGCUGGCAUGUCUUCUCAGCAGUGGUAGUUGCCUAAUUCAAGACUCUUCUAAAAUUACUUCCUAGGUUGUUUUUCCGUCUGUGAAAUACCAUUUUUGCUUCACUAAAGAGAAUACAGCUAACUUUGAACAGGCUUUCAGGCAUACUAACCUACUUAAAACUUGAUCAGAAUAUGCUAAUUUGAGCUAUUUAUAGUUAACUGACUUUGUUAAUCUUAGUUGCAUCAAAGCUUAGGAUUUUUUUCCCUGACAAGUCAGGAAAUAUAUCUUGCAGUGAGGAUAACUUUUACUAUAGUUGUGAAGGAGUUGCAGACGAAGACCAAGAUCCUUGGCAUUAGUUGCUGCACAAGAUCAACAAAGACAGCCCCAAAACUAGCGCUCUCUUAACUGUGAGACACUGUUGCUCAUGCUACUCUUUGGGGGAUUCUGCUCAACACCAGGGUUUUUUUCUCUACUUAGGACAAACCUGUGCAUAUCAGUGAUGUAGCAGUCUACUGAACUUAGGCUUUUUCUAUCAAAUAAUAAAAAUGUAUACUCUUCCCUCUUGCAUUUUUGGAGCUGACAUUGGCCACUGUGUUGAGCAGAGUGAGAUGGAGAAACAGUUUUGAAAGUUGUGGAGAAUCUGGAAUGUUUCUUGUCUUGGGGUGGCUUGAAAAGUGAGAAUCUAUGAAGCUGUCGCCAUUAUGACAAAGGUAUUAUUCUGUCCAAGGUAACAAAAAAUAUUUGGGGUUGGAGAAAGUUUUACUGUAAUAUGAUUAAAAUGAUAAAUUGUUCUACUUCCAAAAUGAAAACUUAUUUCAAGCUGAUCUCUUUUGUUUCUUAAUUUUUUUUCUAAGACUUAAGUUUACCAAGCUUGGCCAAAACCUUCAAUUGGUUGACAUGUUCUACAGCCCUAAAAUAAUGUCUGUGCAGGGAGGAGCUGUUGUACUCAUUUGUAUUCCACUGGACAGUUUGGAGCUUUGAUUGUAUUUAUUCAAUACCAGGAUGUUGAAAGAUAGACUGCAAAAAUAAUUGUUUCCAUCUAUUUCCACUGCUUUGUGCACUCGGGCAAGCAGCAUGACCUGAUGCAGCUGCAGAGUGAAUGUGAAAAGAGGGCUUCUGUCCCUCUCUUCCUGCUUGUUGGCCGCACUGAUCCUCGCUGUUAAUGAAUUACUGCUACAGGAAACUUUCUGUGCUGGAGAUCCCCCUGUACAAGAAAGGAAACAUACAUGUUCUCUGCUUGGUUCUCUAGCUCUUCUAGACAGUAAUAGGUACUACAGCAGUAACACCCAGUUCCUCUCAGUUUCAGAACAUUGUUUUUUCUCAAGAGGAGCUUUUCUUAUUUCUUGACAAGUCAUUUUUUUUUCAGUGUGUCUAGUCUCACUGAUCUCUUGCAAGGGGUUUUAAUACUUCAUUGUAGGUCAGCUAGAAGCAGUGCAAUUUGAAAGUAUGACAACAAAGGAUGAUGAGUAGCAGUAUUGCAAGAGUCUUCCCCAGCAAUUGGUCAUAUCCUGCCUCCAAACCAGUGAAGACAGAAUAUUGGAAGUUUAAUGGUGAGUCCUGGCUACCUCUGGUACCUGACUCCUCAUUCUUGGAUAUUGGAAGUGACUUAAAAGAAAUCCAAGUAGAGGGGAUUGGAGAGAGCAAGGACGGCUUUCUCAUCUGUUGCCAAGUAGUUGAUAUCCUGUGACAGGUCCAAACGCAUGUAACAGAUCUCUUCUGAGCUGUUGAAACUGUUAAAUUGCAGACCCCUCUUCAAGUUAACUGUCACUCCAUUGUGAAAGGUCAACAAAUUUGGGACUCACAGUGGAAGAGAACAAGUAGUUUCUCUCUCUCAGAACAGGAAACUUAAACUGCCUAAUCAGGCUUUUCUUAGUGGAAAGAUAAGAGGAAAGCACUUGAUACCUAAAGAUUUAAGUGCUCUCAGUGCUAUUUGAUCAUACAGGCAUUACAAUGGUUGUCUUACUGGAUUUUUCUCAUCAGAUAAGCUCAUUGAGCUUAUCAGGCUCAAUCAAAUAGAAUACUUUUCUUUGAACCCAGAGAAAAUGUUAGGGCAAAAGCCAACACUGAAAAGGACACAGCAUUUUUAAUAUGAGGUAACUUGACAUUGUCAAAUAUUGUAGGAAUAUUCUAUUUGGCAUUUGUGGAUAAAAGAAAUUUUGAAAAAAUGUUAAAAAAUAGUAUCUAGCAGAGACUUCACAAACCUUAACUUUCCCAGUGCAUUGCUGCAGCUGGAGUUCUUAAAUACAUCUUAGAGUAUUUUAUAUACCAGUGCAUUUACAUGAAGAUAGUUCUGUGAUAAAUUGUUUCCCUAGUUGAUUGAUCAUUUGGAAUUAAGAACUUCUUUAGCAUGGCUGCUACUCUAUCAAUGUCUAAUAUUAAAAGUGAAAAUGCAUGUAAGUGGAAAUGGAUCAAUAGAAAGGGGAAAAAAUGUGUACUGAAAAUCAAUACAAGAAACAGAGCUUGGAAAUUCUUGUUAGUCAUAUCUGAAAAUUAUCUCUUACAUUUUAGUAAGUCACAGAAUUUGAAACUUGAUGAACAGUCUGUAAUAAAGUAGCCCUGAAAAUUACUGGAGGUUGGGGGCAGUGACCUGGCUUACAAAGAGAUUUGGUAAAAACUUAGACCGCAGGUUUUUUAUGUUACAAAUACCAUAACAGAUUUCUGAACCCAUCUGAGUAUGAUGUGAUGAAAGAUGGCUUUAAGAUGCCAAACCAAGCUCAGUGAGGCUGCUAGCAUAUAUGCCAGAGACUGUAGUGCGAGCAGCGACCCAUCAAAAUGCAGCUUUGAUUCUCAAAACUGGUCUUUGGCAGCCCAGAACAGUUCAUGAGGAAGAAGCAGUUGCUGUUGAACCACAUUUGCCAGUUUAAUGAUGGCCCCAGGCACACUGCCUGUAUGCUAAGGGAGCAGCAAAACCAAGUCAAACAAGGCACCAAGGCUCAAGACUGGGAAUCUUCCACCAAUUAUGUGUUUGUGUCUUACUGAUGUCCUGCCUCCACGAUGAAUGUUUGUGCACACUUCCCUAGUGAAAAUUGCUGUUCAGCUGGUGCUGUGGAUUUGAACUGUACAGACCUUGCGAGUGAAAACACAAGCAACAGGAAAAGCAGGGCAAGAUAAAAGGCGUUUGCACAGUUCCUGCUUUGGCUGUUCUUAGUCCUUUCCUGUGUACUUUUUAAAAUUCAGUAGCUAUAUCCUACUAGCUUUGUGUCAGAAAGCAUAUUUUCUAUUUGGUGAGAAUUUUUUGGUCAAGAAACUAAAAUCUUAAGAGCUUUUUAAAGUAAAUGUAGUUCCUUCACAGAUUUAGUCUUUCCAAAGUCUGUCAGCAUCUCAUUAAAGGGGCUAUAUUAAAUGGUGAAGAGGAAGUGUGCUGCCUGUAGUUACACCCUGCAAUCAGAGUCCUAUGGUGAAUGUUUCGAAUAGCAACAGGUAGCAGAGUGUCCAAUGCACCUCUGAUUGCCAGUCUACUCUCCCAUUGUUUUGUGACAUAGAGUAAUUGCAAAACAAUCCUCAACCAUAAGAUGUGCCUAUACUGGUUAGAGAAGUUGGUUUGAGGCUUAAAAUGACACUAAAUUGUACUUUGAUUGGAGCCUUCAAGGAAUCUUGACCAUCCUUUCAGUAUGUGAAUACUGUAGUGCUUGGCACCAUGGGACACCAAUUCUUUUUCAGGGACUUGGGGAUUUCAGCUUGUAUGGGAAAUGGAGCCAUCUCUGAAGUGGAUUGUGAUGGCACGUUAAGAGAAAGAAGGAAGUAUCGAGUUAGUAACACAGACCCAUCCUUAGCAUUGCUUUUUGAAUGGCUGGGAUGAAAUAGAGCAUUGAAUACCCCCACCCUAAAACAAUUGUUCCGUUAGUUUCCUGCUCUUUCCAGGAAAUGUUCCCUGUUGGUGGUGGUGUAAUGCAUAUGUAGAAGCAAUGGGGUUAUUACUAUUUGUCUUUGCUUUCUGCAUUCCUAGCUCUGGCAAUACUAGUCUGUGCCAAUCGGCAAACAACAGAUCAGUUUCUGUGUAGUCAUCACUCUCGGAUAGCUUCCAGCUAGUCUCUGUGGAGGCUGAUGCAAUCAUGAAUCUCUCCUUGCAUGACAAAUGCAGAGCAUUUCAUGUUGGUAUCUGCUCUGUUUCUUUUAUACUUAAAAAAAAGAAGUUUCUUGUCCCACUGAGAGAGCAAAGCUAUUGUAAACUUGUGAUCAGUUGUACCAACCGUAAUGUUUUCUUAUGACAAAUCUUGUAUGUUUUGUGUUUCAUAUUCUGGAAUUCUAUUAAUACUUGAUAUGCAUAGAUAAAAAAAUCAGGUUCACGAACAGGAACUCACAGCUGUGGUUGUGGAUAUACAAAAUGUGACAUAGUGCAAAUACUUGAAGAAAGCUCAUCAUCCAGUGUACUGCCUUCGUGUCUUGUUACAUCUCCAUGCCUUUACACUCUAAAUACAAAUAAAUGCUGCUGGGGAAUGGGAUUUCCUUCCUUUUAA